GCCAUCCUCGAGCACUCCGCCGCCGCCGCCGCCGCCGCCUCGACGCAUCCGCUUCCCCCCACGCGAGCCGAAGCUUCUAGAACCUUCGAGGCCGCGGCUCCCACGGGCGGCAAUGCAGAGCGCGGCGGCCGUCGGGCUCCUCCGGCCAUGCGGCGCCACCACCGCCGCCGCCCCGCUCCAGCUCCGCAACCCUAGCCCCCGGGGCUUCGGCGUCGGAGUCGGGCAGCCGCUGCUCCCGCCGAGGGGGCUCCGCCUCUCCGCCGUGGCCCCGCGCGCGGGCAUCUCCGCCCGGCGCAUCGGGCUCGUGCCGGCCUCCCCGGAGCAGGAGGAUGAGCGGCGGCGGGGCGCACGCGACGUGGCCGUGGCGGCGACAGCGGCGGCGGCGGGUGAGGCAGGGGCGGAGGAGGGUGGAGGGCUCGCGAAGACGCUGCAGCUCGGCGCGCUCUUCGGGCUGUGGUACCUCUUCAACAUCUACUUCAACAUCUACAACAAGCAGGUUUUGAAGGUUUUUCCAUACCCCAUAAACAUCACAAAUGUCCAGUUUGCUGUCGGCACUGUCAUUGCUCUGUUCAUGUGGAUUACCGGUAUCCUUAAAAGACCAAAGAUCUCCGGUGCGCAGCUUGCUGCUAUCCUUCCUCUCGCUAUGGUCCACACCAUGGGCAAUCUUUUCACGAACAUGAGCCUUGGAAAGGUUGCAGUGUCAUUUACACAUACUAUCAAGGCUAUGGAGCCUUUCUUUUCAGUUCUGCUUUCAGCACUUUUCCUCGGAGAGAUGCCUACUCCUUUUGUUGUAUUGUCUCUUGUUCCAAUUGUUGGUGGUGUGGCAUUGGCAUCUCUUACUGAAGCUUCAUUUAACUGGGCUGGAUUUUGGAGUGCAAUGGCCUCAAAUGUCACCUUCCAGUCAAGGAAUGUGUUGAGCAAGAAGCUUAUGGUGAAGAAGGAGGAAUCUCUGGACAACAUUACCCUCUUCUCAAUCAUUACAGUGAUGUCAUUCUUCCUCUUGGCCCCAGUAACCUUGCUAACAGAGGGUGUCAAAGUCACUCCGACAGUUCUGCAGUCUGCUGGUCUGAACUUAAAACAGAUAUACACAAGGUCACUGAUUGCUGCGUUCUGUUUCCAUGCAUACCAACAGGUGUCGUACAUGAUCCUGGCAAGAGUGUCCCCUGUUACUCACUCGGUGGGUAACUGUGUCAAGCGAGUGGUGGUCAUUGUGACAUCCGUUCUGUUCUUCCGCACCCCUGUUUCGCCUAUCAACUCUCUGGGAACCGGAGUCGCUCUUGCCGGAGUUUUCCUGUACUCACAAUUGAAGCGGCUUAAACCCAAGCCCAAGACUGCCUGAUUGUGUCUUGGUAUCUAUCGUGAAGAACCGUAGAAGCAUUGCCACACGCCAUCGGAAUGAGUGCCUUAGCUUAGAAUGAUCCUUGGAGAAGCUCCAUCCAGUGAACUGAUGCUGCUGUGUGUAUCGUUUGUAGUUGAGUUACUAGCGUGCUAAUCGUGGCAAGGUUUUUGUGUCUUCUUUACCACCUUAUGCUUGAACAGUCAAUUAUUUUGUUGUAUCAAUAAAUUUCGUGCAAUAUAACGUUAUAUUAUCUCUGUUUCUUUA